AUUGCUUUUCAGAGGUCCAUAAGUUUCAUACUGGUCUGAAGCCGUCAACCAAAACACAUAAUUCAUCAUGAACUCAUUGAUAAUUUCAUUUUUCUGCGUUGCUAUCGCAGCAGCAUCGUGUUCAGUUCUUGGAUACGCUGGUCCGUUGUAUGGAGGUGUUGGACUUAAAGGACCAUCCGCUGGAGCCACUGUUUCUGGACCAUCAGGAACAAUUACAGCUGCUUCAGAUUCCGGUGCCGUUGGAGCUGCUCCAGGUGUAGCUGCCGCUUAUGCUGCUGCUCCAUUAGUUGUUGCCCCAGCCCCAGCUGUAUUACCCGCUGGACCAGCCGUUGUUGAAGCAAGAACCGCACCUUGGGCUGCUUGGGGUGCAGCUCCGUGGGCACCAGCUGCCGUUAGAACCAUUUGGUAAGGAAUACGUAUAAAGAAACAGAGUUUUGUGAAUAAGAUGUACAAAUCAAUUGGUGUAAAUAUGAUGAAAUAAUUGUAAUAAAGUCAAUUUCCCUAAAUA